AUGACGAUCUGCAACUUAGCCGAAUCUGGCCUAGGUGGUUUCACUAUCAUCUUGGCGCUGUAUCUCGUCGUGUGUAGAGAUCCUAUUAAUCCUUGGAGCAAAGGAUAUAAGCUUGCGUCGCAUAUCCUCUCCACAAACACAACGAUCCUUCACGAGACCAGCCCACUGCUCUAUGGCAACAACUGCUUUGAUCUCUCGUCAUCGAGACCUAUACGUGUACCCGAAUUCCUCGAUACUAUAAGCUUGGUGAACGCUUCUAAUCUUCAUUGUAUCCGCAUCCGCUUUCCUGAAUUUCGCGACGUUGGAGAAGAGGUCAGCCUUGAGGAAGAAAGCCUGCGCACUUCAACAAAGAUCCAGGAAUACUGUACUGACCUCAAACGUAUCACAGGGACUGGUCCAAGCACAUAUUGGAUGGGGAUUCAACUAUCAGUCGAAAGACCUCCAGUUCACGAUAGGACAUUAGAUUUGGCUGAUACUAACUUCAGAGCUAUCACAUCACUGCAAGACAUUGUCAUGGAAGUUUAUGAUGAAGGCCUGAACUAUUCUAUUAUAGGGAAAAUGAAGAGUUAUGGGUGGGCACUCAGGACAGUGGAGCUCGUGGAAGAGGAGGAAUGGGACAAAGAUAGAACUUGGGAUGAAAUUGAAGAUGAUUAUUAUCUUUACAGCGACGACGACGAUGAUAAUGAUGAUGACUACGAUAUUGAACGACAGUGA